AUGGAUCGGAUGGAUGAAUUCUACCAGAUCCUCAUGCGUGGACGGGAUAUCCCGUACACAGCAGUAGGCAACCUCAGCGGUAUGCUCUGGGAGUGGCUAGGUAAUGCCACAGCGGCUGAGUAA